UUUAUUCCGAGUGUACACACAUGUUUCUACAUAUAUAUGAUAUGUGUGUUGCAGGGCUGAAACUAUCGAAACUAAUGUUACUUAAGUUGCCGUUGGGGGAGGAAAGAUCUUACAGUCCUCGGUAAAGAUCGGACCCAAAAAAAGAAACAGAUUCGAAUUCAGAAACAGAUACAGAUACAGGCAUACCAUAACGAUUCGGAUGCACAUACAGACGUACAGAUUAUACGAUCGUGACGCCAGCGGAGGAAAUUUAGAGCAUGGGGAGCGGGGAGAGGGCGGGGGUGGGAUCGGACGGACAGCAACUACAGAACGGAGCGUAAGCAAUGUUAACGAGUAAAAAUCAAGAAAAUUUUAGUUCUAAAAAUAACCUUUGUACUCAUUUUUGUUUCAAAACGGAAAGGAAAGCGGCAGCCAACAAACGACCAAAAACCAAUAGCUAUAAAGCGCAAAGAUACUGAGAUACUUGCACUCUGCGCAACGGCCUGAGAUACAGAUAUUCAUAUACUUAAAUAUUCAGACAUUCGACUACAUAGAUGAGCAUGAGUCGGCAACGGAUUCUUGGCAAUGCCAUUGGGGGUAGAACAUACUGUUUUACAUAUGCCUUGGGUAUUGUUCUUGGAACUCAAUUUGUAACGUUGCACACUAUUAAAGUCCUACCCGUAUACAAAGAUAAACGGAUGCGAAUGUUACGAAACAUUUUUCAAAUAUUUAAGACCCCAAAAAAAUGUGAUUGUCCUAGAUUCAGGAAACUUAAAUUAAAUUCCUUUGUUGAAACAAAAUUUAGUCCCUUAAGUUUCGGAAACUUUAAGAUCUAGAGAAUUUAGAUCUUCGGAUGUCUAUUUUAAACUUCUGCCACGCCCCUUUCUACAAACAGCAUCAAGCGCGUAUACAUACAUCUUUUGGGAUAUAAUUGUAGGAAUUGGUGAGGACCGUUUGAAUAAAUCGCAUGACUGUCAAUGUAUGUAUGUUAUAUAGAAUUUACAUGUAAGUUAUUAGACAAAUACUCUUCUUCAAAGUAGAAAAGCAGCUAUAUAAAUGCUGUGCUUUUGCUAAAAAUAACUGCCAUUCUCGUUUUUUGAUUAACAAAAUUAUACACAUUUUGAAUACCACUUAAACUAACUACCCCGAGAUACCAAAAAGUUGUCUAUAUCUUUGAAUUGUAUUACAACGUUUGUUCCAUGACCAUUAAACAAAUGUAUAAAUAUGAAUACUUGUUUCUGUUCAAAAAAUUAGAAGUCCUAAUAAAUAUUUGUUGCUCUUUUUUCUAUUAUACUAAAUCAAAUGAUGUGUUCUAUGAAGGCAAUUUUUAAAGCAACGCUAAAGUAAGCGGAUUUCGAAACAAAUUGAAGUAUUUCUCUACUUUCUCUAGCAAAUUUCUUAUGCAAAUUCUUGAUGAUAAAAUACAAGUCGAUAUUUUAAUAUUGAAUUGAAAUGUUUUAAUAUAUCGAUAUUCACCUUUUUGCAGUUUAUAUUUGAAUUUUCUUGUUGUAUAGAGUUCAAAGCUCUAUGGUUUAUUAUAGCCAAAAGUAUAGGAAUCCGUUUUAAAGGCGGCGAGCAUCCUGCAUAAGACAGUUUACUGUAGCGUGCCUCGCAAGUGCAAAUCCUCGGAUCCCAAAGUCCUUCAGAUAAGGGCGCCAUCUAGUGGCAGAAUCGCGCGAUUAUCCCUUUUGAUGGGCGAGCUUUGGGCAGCUUUAACUGCGAUGGUAUUCGGGCGGCACCGAUGGCUAAAGGCCACAAGCGGGGGUGGUGGGGGUUGGCGGAUUGUGGUGGGUGUCAGGCAGGUGUGUAACAGCAAACGGCAAACAGCAGUUAACAGGUGCGCACACAUAUGCUGCCCGUCCCGUUACACAAUUCCGAUGAAAGCGGCGCGGCGCCUCUGGGGAGCAUGUGUAUUUGCAUAUCCUUGAGCGUCUCUCCCCCAUACACACACACAUGCGAUGACGGUGACCAAUGAGCGCGGGGAGGAGAGGGGGCUGAGUCUGCGCUCUGGCUGCUUGCACUUUCCGUUGCCUACUUUCGUGCGUGUGGGGUAGCUAGCCUGAGAGCGAGGGUGUCCUUGUGUGAGUGCGUGUGUGAGAGGAAAGAGUGAAAUCGAAACCGAAAAGGAAAGUCGGGUAACGGUAACUUGUAGCUUUGGAAGGACAACUCUGUUAUAGAUACAGGAAACUUCCUGUUCGCGGCCGUUGUCGUUGGCGUUGCCAGAUCACCGCACUCUUAUUCGCCCUGCCAACUUCGCCGUUUGUCGUUCGCCAUUCGCCGCAUCGCACGCAUGUAAUGCUGUAGGACGAAAGCUCCUGCAGAAGGAGCCACGGAGAGGAAAGGCCACACUACUCGCUUCGCUUUUCACAAAAAAGUGAUACACACGGAAAAAUCGCUGGCAUUCAUUCACCGAAUACCGAGGCGAGAAGCGCGUCGCGACCGCCUGCGAGAAUAAACGUGGCCAAGAAUCGGUGACCAGGACAGGAUAAUUCACAUUUAUGUUAGCUGCAAGUUUCUGAGAAGACGUUGCCAUUUGACUUUUUGUUUGUGUGCUGUGCUCUGUGUUCCUGUGCGUGCAACGGUGAAAGGAUAAGGAUAUAGGAGUAUAUACACACACGAGUGUCCUGUGUGUGUGCGUGAGUGUGCGUGUGUGUUUGGGGCCACGUGAAGGCGAAGGCGCGCAACAACAGGAGCGCUUGGGAUAGAGAUAGAGAUAGAGAAAGUGACAGUGCUGGCGAAAAACCGAAAGUGAAAAUUGAAUACGAGCGUGCGACAGAAACAGAAUCAGAACCAGAAACAGAAUCGGAAUCAGAAUCAACGGGCGCGGAUCCUUUUGGCGUAAACUGUUGAAUAUAGAAUGACGCUGCUGACAAAAAUCAAUGUAAAGCACAAAGAAGCAACAGCAGUUGUAACGGUAACAACAGCCAGGAUCCCCAGCCUGCGUCGCUCCCUCAGAUAGAGAUAAAGAUAAGGAUAAAAAGAGCGAGCGAGCGAGAAAAAGCACUAGCACUAGAAGGACCCUUUCGCAAAGCCAGCUCAUUCAAGUGCAACAAUCGCCGCUUUCUCCGCAACACAGGACACCCACCUCCACCAAUCUUCCCCUGCUGCCCCAAAAGAGUGCUGUCCUUUUUGGUAAUAACUGUUGAGGGCAGAUACAAAGCAAAAUGAAGCCGUCGGAUUUGUUGUUGGUGCUAGAGAAGGUCAAGUUCAGGGUGCCCAUGCCGCCGGGAGUCAGCUCGACGACGCUCCUGCCCAAGCUCAUCCGCACCAAGGACGUGAAGCAGCUGCAGGACGGCAACGCGCAGCCACAGAAGCCCAAGCUAACGAAAUGUCUCAACACGCUGGACCUGACCUCGCUGGGCAUCGGAUCCUGCUGCGGCACGGGCAUGUACCUGGUGGCCGGCAUGGUGGCCCAGAAGAUAGCCGGGCCCGGAGUGGUUAUUAGUUUUAUUAUAGCCGCCAUAGCGAGUAUUUUCUCAGGCGCCUGCUAUGCGGAGUUUGGCGUUCGUGUGCCACACACAUCCGGCUCGGCCUAUAUGUAUUCAUAUGUGGCAGUUGGAGAGUUCGUAGCUUUUAUAAUUGGUUGGAACAUGAUAUUGGAAUAUCUAAUAGGAACAAGUGCCUGUGCCUGUGCGUUAAGUUCGAGUUUCGAUUCCCUGACCGGCAAUGCCAUUGCGCGAACGAUAAGCGAGUCCAUCGGCACGAUAUUCGGCAAGCCACCGGACUUCAUUGCAUUCGGCAUCACGCUGCUCAUGACCUGCGUCCUGGCGAUGGGUGCCAGCAAGUCGGUCAUCUUCAACCACUCCCUCAACGCCGUGAACCUGGCCACGUUUGUGUUCGUGAUGGCCGCCGGGCUGUUCUACGUGGACACGAAGACGUGGUCCGAGCACCAGGGAUUCCUGCCCUACGGCUGGAGUGGAGUGUUUUCGGGUGCUGCCACCUGUUUCUACGCCUUCAUCGGUUUCGACAUCAUCGCGACAACCGGCGAGGAGGCACACAAUCCGCAGAAGAGCAUCCCGAAGGCGAUCGUCGGAUCCCUGGUCGUCGUGCUGAUCGCCUACGUUAGCGUUAGUCUAGUCCUCACAUUAGUGGUUCCCUACGAUCACAUCAACACGGGAGCGGCGCUGGUCCAGAUGUGGUCGUACGUGAACGCCCCGAAGUGUCGGGCGGUGGUGGCCAUCGGAGCCACCGCCGGACUCUCGGUGGCCAUGUUCGGCUCGAUGUUCCCCAUGCCGCGCGUCAUCUAUGCGAUGGCCCAGGACGGGCUGAUCUUCAGGCAACUGUCGCAGCUGUGGCACCGCACCAACGUGCCCGGACUGGCGACCAUCGGCAGCGGACUGGCCGCCGCCCUGGUGGCCCUCACCGUGCGCCUGGAGAUCCUCGUCGAGAUGAUGUCCAUCGGCACGCUGCUGGCCUACACGCUGGUGUCCACCUGCGUCCUGGUGCUGCGCUACCAGCCGCACAGCACCUCGCUGGUGGAGCUGCUGCCGGCCCAGCUGCGCACCCCGGUGGCGCCCGGGACGGCCAGCGACUCCCGCUCCCACGUCACGCCCGCCGAGGUCCUGGAGGUGCCCGGCAAGCUGACCAUCAAGCGCGUCACGCGCGGCAUGUCCGACUCGGACGACUCCUUCAUCGACGACAGCCCCGAGGGGUUCCUGGGCGGGCGCGACGACCAGUUCCUCGUGUCCGACCGCUCCGAGAACAAGUUCUACGGCAGUGUGCACGGCGCCCCCACCGGACCCACCGGCCAGGCGACCGCCUUCGACGCCAUGGGCCUGAACUUCGUCACCCGGAAGAUCCACGACUACGCGUACCUGUGCCCCGGCUUCUUCCCCUGGAUAAAUCCCGGCCAGGCCACCGCCGAGAGUGGCAUGUACGUCACCAAGCUAGUGGGCAUCAUGUUCGGUCUCAUAUUCUUCCUGGACCUGUUCGCGGCCAUUGGCUGGUCCGGUGGCCUCGCCGCCUUCAUUUAUUUCAUUUUGUUUAUCGGCAUAUUUGUGAUACUAUUGAUUAUAUCGAGACAGCCGCAGAAUAGGUAUGCGCUGGCCUUCCUCACGCCCGGACUCCCCUUCAUCCCGGCCAUCGCCAUCACCGUGAACAUCUACCUGAUAUUCAAGCUGAGCAUCCUCACGCUGGUCCGCUUCACGGUGUGGAUGUCCCUGGGAUUCGUCAUGUACUUCUACUAUGGCAUCACGCACAGCAGCCUGGAGCAGACCAGCGACGACCUGGAGCUGCAUGUCGACUACAGCAAAAACGUCGAGGAGAAGGCCGUGUGGGAUCAGCAAUCGUACAACCAGACCCACGAGCCCGUUUGGGCCAGCAAGGAGGUGAAACAGACGUCGAAGCAACGCUACAACUACGGAAAGACCGCGUCGUCCACCUCGUCGGCACAGGGCAGCUCGAGGAGUGGCGGCCAGGCCAGUGGGGCGGAGAAGCCAUCGGGCAGAAGCACCGCGGGCCCCAACCGACCAGUUCCACCUCCCCCGAUCUCCGGCCAGACAAAGGGAUCGGGCAGCGGUCCGCCCAUGGAGCGCCAGUAUACCGGCCAGUUCAGCAUGUUCGUGGACGAAGGCCAGUUUCCCUCGUGGGAGGACUAAGCGAGCACCAUCUGCAUAGACCCCAGUCCGUUCCCAACACCGACCUCCCCGCUGAUUCCCGAGUGAUGCUCCAUCAACGAGCAACAGUGCAACAACCAACUCACAUCGGCUCAC